GUUGUCAUAGUGACGGAGGGCAGCAAGAAGAGCCCGCUCACUGCGCCACCUGAUUGUGAGUGCGAGAGCGAGAGAGCCAGACAGAGGGCAGAAAACAAGCGACACAGAGUUGUGCUGCAGCAGCGAUGGGAAGUCGGGCUCUUUUUUUGCUGUGAUCAGAUUUUCAUCGCCGUGGGGACCGGAGGCUCUCCGUCUCUCUUUGUCUCUUCGUCUCAAGCAGCCAGCUUGGAUUAUUGCUGCUUGCCUGUGCUUUUAACGGGAAGAUGCUGAUGCACUGUGGCAUGUGUGUCAGGUGUGUAUGAGAUGGAAAUCCAUGUGUGCUGAUUCCCAUGAACGCACAGCGAGUCUUGAUGCUGCUGGGGGACACACAGCAGGCCUGACCGGGGGCCCUACAUGCCAUGGAAGAAUGCAAGCAGAUCAUGGCACGGCAGAAAUCUAACAGCCAGUCAGACUCUCACGACGAUGAGGUUUCUCCUCCUCCUCCGAACCCGGUCGUCAAGGCCCGCUGCCGCAGGGGAGGAGUCAGCGCCGAAGUGUACACCGAGGAGGAUGCUGUCAGCUACGUACGCAAGGUGAUUCCUAAGGACUACAAGACCAUGACUGCCUUGGCCAAGGCCAUCUCAAAGAAUGUGUUGUUUGCUCACUUGGAUGACAAUGAGAGAAGUGACAUAUUUGAUGCCAUGUUCCCUGUCACCCACAUUGCAGGGGAAAUAGUUAUCCAACAAGGCGAUGAAGGAGACAACUUCUAUGUGAUUGACCAAGGUGAAGUGGAUGUUUAUGUGAAUUGUGAGCUGGUGACCAAUAUCGGAGAGGGAGGAAGCUUUGGCGAGCUGGCCCUGAUCUAUGGGACUCCACGAGCUGCCACCGUCAAGGCCAAAACGGAUCUUAAACUGUGGGGCAUUGACCGGGACAGCUAUCGUCGCAUCCUCAUGGGAAGUACUCUGAGAAAGAGAAAGAUGUACGAAGAGUUCCUCAGCAAGGUCUCCAUCCUCGAGUCUUUGGAUAAGUGGGAGCGCCUGACUGUGGCUGAUGCUUUGGAGCCAGUUCAGUUUGAGGAUGGGGAGAAGAUCGUAGUGCAGGGAGAGCCUGGAGAUGACUUCUUCAUUAUUACAGAGGGAAUAGCCUCUGUUCUGCAGCGCCGAUCUGACAAUGAGGAGUAUGUUGAGGUCGGACGCCUCGGACCCUCAGACUACUUUGGUGAGAUCGCCCUGCUGCUGAACCGUCCCCGGGCGGCCACCGUCGUCGCUCGCGGACCCCUCAAGUGCGUGAAGCUGGACCGGCCCCGCUUCGAGCGCGUGCUGGGGCCGUGCUCCGAGAUCCUCAAGAGGAACAUCCAGAGAUACAACAGCUUCAUUUCCCUCACCGUGUGAGAGCUCGACCCCUUAGCUCCCACUCCACCAGCAGGGUUGUGCACCAUCAUCAGCAGCAUCAGAGGUUAAGCGUCAGGGUUGGGAACGAGGGGGAGUGUUGGGACACAGGGUGAACAGCAAUUUUAAAUACAAAAUGACACAAAAAGCUUGUUUCUUACCUUUACUUUUUUCAAUUUACGUUCUUUUUGUUUUUUUAUCCUGUGCACUUUGACUCAAACUACUUGUCAUGUAGCUGUAAAAAUCAGAAGAGGACAGAAACCAUUUAAAUCAUGAUCUAAUGUGAAUGAGUCGCUUUACGAUGCACGGGGGACUUGCAUAAAAAUGGUGUUUGCACUUUGAUGUAUUUUACGGAGCAUGCGGACACAUUCAGGAACCACGGAGGAAGUGAAGUUAUGUUUACGCAAAGCGUCAGGAAGUGGGUAUACAUUUCUUUGCUCGCUGGAUAUUGUUGCUUUUUGAUGCCUUUUUAUUUUUAUUUUUUUAUUUUAUCUCUGCCUGUGCGUUGCAUCUUUUCUCGAUCAAAACAAACACGUACUACACAGAUCUUUGUAAUCUUCCCUGAAAUGUACCAUAGUCAGAGAUGUAUGAAGAAAACAUUGCUUGGCUGUUUUAAUAUUUUCUUUGUGUCGAAGGAAUAACUUUGUUAUCCUUAUCAGGUUGAAGAUUGUUAGAUGUAGCUGGGGGCUUACUUUGUAGAUUUUUUAUUGCUAACAUAUACAACAAUAAAAAAAAAACAUUAAAUUUGGGUUAAAAUAUACUGUCUGUGCAUCCAAAGAGUGAUGCAGCUCUUUCUUGCACUGGUUUUCCUAACUCUAGCAGCUAUUGGGGCCAAUUUGACAGAAUGGUAUGGAUAAUUACUGUCAGAUACUGCAGUGUAGAAAAUUUUUCUUUUUUACCUACUUUAUCUUUUAUGCUGCUCUCUCAAUUUUCUUCAGUUGGUGAUUUCUUGCUCUCUGGGCCUGUUUUAAACCACUCUGCGGAGUUUGGAUCUGAAUUUUAAAGCUGAUGUUCAGAGCGAGCUUCCGAGAUAUUUUCUUUUACCUCCCACAUCAUCUUGCUCAGAUAAACUUGGAUCAUCAUCCAUCCGUCCUUGACACAGUUCCAGGUGUUUUAAUCUUUUUAAUUAUUACUCUCACUGCAGUUGUGAGCAAGUCGAGGCAAGAAGCUAUUAACUUGUAGCCAUUUCCUGAAUUAGGAAGAUCAACACACAGGCACACACCGAGUGAUUCUGAAAUGGAUUUUGAACAUGUCACACUGUGUGAGCUUGAUUAUAUAAAAGGUUGUUGGUAACAAUGCCGUUCUGUGCGACGGGAGAUGGCAGAUUGCAGGGCUGCUGCAAAUGCAGAUUCACAGCAGAAAUGGAAAGUUUUGGAUGGGAAAGCAGAGUUGGAUCAUGGACAGAAGGAGUGGAGAACGAAGAAAAGAAGACAUUGUGGAGACACUUAUUACUUUCCUAGAUGAGAGGAAUAGGAAAGUAAUAAGGUUUUAUAAAUGUCCCCUUAAUAUUUUUUUAUAAGUUGGCUUUGCUCAGUGAAAACCCUGCAUCUUUUGAAUCAUAUUCAUUUAUGAAAUGUGGAUGAGAGAAAUUAUGCUCUGUUUCUUGUCAUAUUUAUUCCCAGAGGCUCUCCCUGCACAGUGUGAACUUGGCUUCUGAGUCACAUCAUAUUUAUUCCCCAGCGAAACAAGAUUACUUGAUUACUAAUCAAAACUUUAGAGACUUUCUGGUUAACUUAAAAUAUGUGGAAAAAAUAAUCAAACUUUUGGAUUCUGGAAACAUACUUUUCCCCCCCUACUUAUAAUAAAUGUACUCAAGUUUUUUUUUUCUUCUAAAUUUUCAGUGUGACAUUCACUUCUAAAAGAAAAUAUUUUUUGAAGAAUUUUCUAACACUAUUUUGGGGGAAAAGAAACACAUUUAUUAAACCCUUUACUUGAAUGGUUUGAGCAGUGUUAAACUGGAAGUUCAUCUUGGUCAAUAUAUCAGUUGCUGGAGCCUGAAGAUGUCAGCUCUGAAAAUAAUAAUAGCAUCUUCUCAGUUUGAUAUGAUUACCAUUUUUCCCCACUUUAUGAGAAACUGCGGCCCAGCAUCACACUUUUGAUACACAGACAGUACUUUUUGAGAGCACUUCUUCAUUCCUGUUUUUAGCUGUUCUGUCAGGUUAGUUGAAAAUUAACAAAAAUAUGUAGAGAUUCUAAUGUUUCUGUGAGCUGUUGUUCUCCAAAGGUUCAGUCGUGUCAUCUCCAUGCGACCGAACCUUAAAGGCUUACACCGUCUCAGGACUGAAUAAAGAAAUCUGCUUGUUUUUGAGGUGAUUUUGUUUGAUGUUUUAGUACUUUUGCACCACGUUCAAGUUUAAAACAUUAGGACAGCACCGUAGUCUGAUUCAAAUGUUUUGAAAUGUUCUCAAUAAGAGAAAGUUGAGACAACUAAGAACUUGUGUUGGUUUCCUUCGAUCUACAGUUCUGUCAGCAUUGCACAACUGACCCGAUGUAAAAUUGGGACCUUAAGAAAAAGAGUCUUUCUGUAUUUCUCUUCUGUGUAUCUUUUUUUUUUCAACUAUCAAACCAUCUUGAGCAAAUAAAGAUAAGCAUCAGAAACUC